CAAACAGACGGAGACAUCGAAUUGCGAUUUACUCCGUGGUGGACGAGUCCUGGGGUAAAUGCCCGUGGUUUUGCCGCACCCACCCAGACCCAUGUGUACCCUCCUCUUAUCCGGAUGCCCACCACCACCGCCUGAGCACCCAAACAGCCCAGGAUGACGAUGACCUACAGCGAUUUCAUGUACGGCGAUGGUAGCCUCAAGGCUCGUGCAAGCUCAACCAGCCCUGCAGCGUCCACUGCACUGCCCACCGAGAUCCUCCUGGCCAUCUUCCACGGCCUCUCUCCCGUAGGACUCGCCUCUGUCGCCCGCGUCUGCCAGCCAUGGCGCGCUGUCGCAGAGUGGCUGCUCUACACACACGUCUCUGUUGUCGAGACGCUCACAGCCGCGUCGCCCUUCCCCUAUCGCACGCUCCGCUGCUGCCAGACACUCCUCGCCCACCCAGCCCUCGCGGGCGCCGUGCGCCGUCUCCACGUCCGCUGGACGUUCGAACAUGCCGGACACCCAGGCGAGCACGCCGCGCACGGACCACCCCCGCUCAGCGUCGCACUCGCCGCGCUCUCAGACACGCUCGGAUCCGGCGCUGCACCUGGCACAAGCAACACAGGCAGCGUCAUGGCAGCGCUGGAGGCGCUCGACUUGCACCUCGGCCUGCCCCACCUCUCCGAUCACAGCACCCCGUUUCCAUCACCCGCAUUCCUCUUCCCGCCCCACUCGACCCACCCGCACCUCCGCCAGCUCUCGCUCAGCGGCCUCGGCCACCCCGCACACGCCGCUUAUCUCCCCGCCUUCCUCGCGCGCGUGCCCUCCGUCGUACACCUCCGCCUCUCGGACUCGCGCGACCCGCUCCCGCUGCCCGCCGGUGCCCUCCCGCUCCUCGCGUCCUUCUGCGGCGCCCCGCGCGCGGCAGCGAGCGUGCUCCCCGGAAGACCGGUGUCUGCGCUCGCGCUCGUGGGGCAGGACUACGUCACGGAGUGCGAUCUGGCGAGCAUGGCGCGCGCGGGGGCGCGCCUCGCGAGUCUGGAUCUGAGCGCGAUGAGCGUCACCCCGAUUCUGCUCAGGAACGUGUCGAGGGCGCUUGGGCAUGGUGUGGAGACACUGAGAGUAAGGCUUGCGUUGAGGCAUACGCUGCAUUUUGCGUUGUCUGGAAUUAGGCUCUUGACCGCGCUCUCGCAUCUCCUCGGCACAUUCGACAGGCUCACGACGCUCGAUCUGAGCCCGACGCACAUCGACUACGUCGGGCUGAGCAACAACGCCGAGGAACACGCGCUCUGCGAAGUGUGGCGCGCCGCGUGCCCGUCCCUCAGGUGCAUCGUGUUUCCCUCCCAAACGCAGUGGAAGUACUGCGAGCCGGAUCAGGGGACACUCGUGAGGACGUCCUAUGGCGGCCAAGGCACAGGUGGCUGGAUGCCCUUUUUCGCCGAAGGUGCACGCAGACGACCGACGUUUUACCCAUCUAGGAAACCCCUCCACGGCGUUGACCCAGCGCUCUGAGGUUUCGCCGCCUCCGCCGCUCUGUAACGCCACUUUACGUUUUCAAUACGCCAGCUUUGUACAAACUAGUAUUCUCAAAUCCAAAUCCAAAGUCAAGAUACGCCCUGCCAAGCACGCAAAACACAUCGAGCAACUACAUUCAUAAACGCCGUCACAGUCAUCCUCACCUCCCCUCCCCCCACACCGCUCUCAGCCCCCGUGAC